CCUCUGUUGUAAGGAAGGCCCCUGUAAAAAGGCAACCUUGGAGGUAGUUUUAACGGGUACUUUGGAGCACGGAGGAGAGAUCUCCGAUAUCUCUAUUCUCGCCUCCAUUGCUCAAAAUUGUUGUUCUUCUAUUCUUAGAGGGUCAAAGCUCAGCUUUGGAAGAACUGCCUUGUCUGGGGAUUUUUUUUUUUUUUUUAAGUUUCAGCGGGAGGAACUAAGAGAGCUGCUUCUGGCUUCGAUUCUUCUGUGAUGUUUUAGGGGUUCUUGGUUCUGCUGUUUCAAGGUCAGAUUAACAAUUGUAAUGGCGGAAAUAUGUUGUGGAGUUGUCAGUAAAAGCGAAACGGCGGCGCCGUGCGAGCCGAGCUCCCGAGCUGCCAGGCGCCGGAGGAUGGAGAUCCGGCGGUUUAAGUUUGUUGCUGGAGUUUCCAUGCCACAGGAAAAUUGCCGGAAACGGCCGAGAUUGGGUGUUUAUGGGGCUUUGUCGCCGCGGGAUUGCGAAAACGCAGUUGAGAACUGUGGCAUGAACGGAGUGCGAGAGAGUUUGGUCACGUCGGAUGAGGAGUCAGAUACGAAUUCUAACUCCAAUUCAGAACAUUUGUCGGUUCAGGAAAUCUCGGGACCGAGUGGAUCUCCGGCUCCUGUUCUGGUUGAGCCGUUGGUGCUAGACCAACGUCCGAAGUUCGGUAUGACAUCUGUCUGCGGGCGUAGAAGGGACAUGGAAGAUGCGGUUGCAAUUCAUCCGUCAUUUUGCCGGCGAGAUGGUCAUAUUACGGCGGGAUUACAUUUUUUCGGCGUGUACGACGGCCACGGAUGCUCCCAUGUGGCCAAGUCUUGUAAAGAUCGGCUGCAUGUGCUGGUGAAGGAAGAGUUUGAAAACGGCAAGGCGUCUAGGGAGUGGAAAGAGACGAUGGAGCGAAGCUUCUCUCGAAUGGACAAGGAGGUGCUAGUAGGGAAUGGACUAUCGUGUCCGAGUCCGAACUGUCGAUGCGAGCUUCAGACGCCGCAGUGCGAUGCAGUUGGAUCAACGGCUGUAGUUGCCGUAAUCACGCCGGAAAAGAUUGUAGUCUCCAACUGCGGCGACUCCCGCGCCGUACUAUGCCGCAAUGGCAAGGCUGUUCCUCUCUCGUCUGAUCAUAAGCCGGAUCGACCGGAUGAACUAAUUCGAAUACAAGCAGCUGGAGGGCGUGUAAUAUAUUGGGACGGUCCACGGGUCCUUGGAGUUCUAGCCAUGUCUAGGGCCAUCGGGGACAAUUACUUGAAGCCUUACGUGAUAUCGGAGCCGGAGGUGACGGUAACGGAGCGGACGGAUGAAGAUGACUGCCUAAUACUGGCUAGCGACGGCCUGUGGGACGUGGUGUCGAACGAAACAGCAUGCAGCAUCGUUCGCAUGUGCCUGCGCGGGCAGCCACUGCCGCCUCUGGUGUCUCCGGGGAACAAUCUGAGUGACGGGGUUGCCGGAGAGAGCUCCGACAAGGCGUGUUCCGACGCGUCGAUGUUGCUCACCAAGCUGGCCCUGGCCAGGCAUAGUACGGACAAUGUGAGCGUGGUCGUAAUUAAUCUGAGGCGCGACACGUAGCAGUAAUACAUAACUUUGGGAAUGGGAUUUUUUUUUGUUUCUUUUUUAAUGAAAUCCCUUUUUAUUGUAAAAUGCCUCCUGGGUGGGCUUUUCUUUUUUCUUUUUAUCCUUUUACCGUAUUCCUGUUUAAAUUUUACUAGUGUUUUUUUUCCCUC